CGGUGGACCACACUCCUGCACAUGGACAAGCUCCCCUCCACUUCAACGCCCUCACGUGGACCCACCGGCCCGUUCUCGCGCAAGACCAGCACACUCACACCUCAACAUCUCCUGCACAUGGGCCCCGCCAAAGCAACGCUCAUGCAGCCCACAUUCACUUCACGCGGACAAAUCACAUGGCCCGCCUUCGCAAUCUCACGCACAUACUCCCGCGCCUUCAUCACUCACUCUCUCACACGUGGACCAAACUUCCAAUUUAGCACAAUUCUCCAGCUCUAUUUAAAGAGCUCUUCAGUGGACGGAAAAGGGCAAUCUCUCCAAUUUUCUUCAGUUCGGCAAUUUCCGCAAGGAGCUCUCCACGAAUCCAAUUUUCGAUCUGAAAACAGGGACACACUGCCCUUUGAUCCAGAAAUUGAAUGCACUCUCAGAAGACUUAGAAAGCAAGCCGCAGAAGCUUCAUCUGAAGCAACCGAAUUUUACCAACAAGCUGCACCAAUGGCUGAACAUAAUCCACAAGAUGCUGCCCCAAAUGGACUUGCUGUCCAGAACCAAAUAGUUCAAGAAAAUCCAGCAGUUAGGCCACAAGCACAAAGGGAAAGAACCAUGAGGGAGUUAGCAACUCCCAUAGGUGAUUAUGCUCCACUUUGUAUCACCUAUCCACCUCUUACAGUCCCCUUUGAACUGAAAUCAGAAAAUGGUGUAAAAGGACAAUUUGGAGAAAAUGCCCCUAAAACUGCCUUAUUGGAGCAAAAGAGAGCAAGUUUGUAAAAUUGGAUCCACAUCAAGCAACUUGGCUUUUGGGCCCGCUUAUGGAUCAGCCCAUUCCCGCACUCACUCCCUCACGCGCACGGUGGACCACACUCCUGCACAUGGACAAGCUCCCCUCCACUUCAACGCCCUCACGUGGACCCACCGGCCCGUUCUCGCGCAAGACCAGCACACUCACGCCUCAACAUCUCCUGCACAUGGGGCCCGCCAAAGCAACGCUCAUGCAGCCCACAUUCACUUCACGCGGACAAAUCACAUGGCCCGCCUUCGCAAUCUCACGCACAUACUCCCGCGCCUUCAUCACUCACGCUCUCACACGUGGACCAAACUUCCAAUUUAGCACAAUUCUCCAGCUCUAUUUAAAGAGCUCUUCAGUGGACGGAAAAGGGCAAUCUCUCCAAUUUUCUUCAGUUCGGCAAUUUCCGCAAGGAGCUCUCCACGAAUCCAAUUUUCGGUUCUUUUCUUUUCCUUUUAAUUUUCUAUUUUUAAUUCAGCCAAUGAGUGACUGAUUUCUUUAAUUCUAGUUGAGGAUUGGUUGAAACUAAGGUUGCUUAAUGGGUUGUGAGAU